GACAAACUAAGAGUCAGAUCAGCAGAAACAGAGAACACGGACAUGUCUGCUGUAACUGCAACGCUCUGCUCCACUUUGAUCUUUGUCCUGUUCGUCUCUGCAGACCAGAAAACCAUCACAGUCGCAUCUGGACAGGACGUUAUUCUGCCAUGUCGAGUUCCAAAUAAAAAUACAAACAAAUUUGUACAGUGGAGCAGAGCUGACCUGGAGCCGGAAUAUUUCCUUGUUUAUCGGGAUGGGCAGUUUCCAGAUAACCAGCAUCCAUCUUUUAAGAACCGGGUGGAUCUGCAGGACAGACAGAUGAAGGAUGGAGACGUGUCUUUGAUUUUGAAGCAUGUGAGCAGCGCUGAUACUGGAUCAUAUGUGUGUCGUGCUUUCAUGGAAGAAACACGUUCAUGGAAACCAAUCAGCAUCAUCAACCUGAAUGUUCCUCCAGACAUGAAAACCAUCACAGCUGUGCCUGGACAGGACGUCACGCUGACAUGUCAAACUCCAAAUAACAACAACAUCAAAUAUGUACAUUGGAGCAGAGCUGACCUGGAGCCAGAAUAUUUCCUUGUUUACAGGAAUGGGCAGUUUUUUCCAGCCAACCAGCAUCCAUCUUUUAAGAACCGGGUGGAUCUGCAGGACAGACAGAUGAAGGAUGGAGACGCGUCUUUGAUUCUGAAGGAUGUGAACAGUGCUGAUAAUGGAACAUAUGUGUGUCAUAUUUUCAUGGAAGAAACACGCUCAUGGAAGCUCAGCAUCAUCAACCUGAGUGUUCCUUCAGAUGAGCAACACUUCAUCACAGCUAAAUCUGGACAAAUCGUCAUCCUGCCAUGUCUAACUCCAAAGAAAAACAUCAAAUUUGUUCACUGGAGCAGAGCUGACCUGGAGCCAGAAUAUCUUGUUUUGUACAAGGAUGGGAAGUUUCUUCCAGAUAACCAGCAGCCAUCUUUUAAGAACCGGGUGGAUCUGCAGGAGAGACAGAUGAAAGAUGGAGACGUGUCUUUAAUUCUGAACAAUGUGAACACUGCUGACAAGGGAACGUACCAGUGUCAUGUUUUCACAGAAGGAGCACGGACAUGGAAAACCAUCAGCAUCAUUAACCUGAAUGUUCCUCCAGACCAGAAAGUCAUUGCAACUAAGUCUGGCCAGAAUGUCAUUCUGCCAUGUCAAAACCCAACCAACAAGAUCAAAGCUGUACGUUGGAGCAGAGUUGACCUGGAGCCAGAAUAUCUAAUUUUUUACCGUGCUGAGCAGUUUCUUCCAAAUAACCAGAAUGAGUCUUCUAAGUAUCUGGUGGCUCUUCAUGAAAGGCAGAUUAAAGAUGGAGAUUUGUCUUUGAUUCUGAACAAUGUGAACACUGCUGAUAAUGGAACAUACGUGUGUCGUGUCUUCACGGAAGAAACACGCUCAUGGAAAUCCAUCAGCGUUAUCGACCUGAAUGUUCCCCCAGAUCAGAAAAACAUCACAGCUGAGUCUAGAAAGAGUGUUAUUCUGCCAUGUGGAGCUCCAAACAACAAAAAGAUCAAAUUCAUACAUUGGAGCAGAGCUGACCUGGAGCCGGAAUAUCUACUUGUUUACCGUAAUGGGCAGUAUCUUCUAGAUAACCAACAUCCAUCUUUUAAGAACCGGGUGGAUCUGCAAGAUAUACAGAUGAAGGAUGGAGAUGUGUCUUUGAUUCUGAAAAACGUGAAUACUGCUGAUGAUGGAACCUACCAAUGCCGUGUCUUCAUGGAAGAAACACGCUCAUGGAAGCUCAGCAUCAUCAACCUGAAUAUUUCUCUAAGUGAGUUAUUGUCUCUAAAUCAUCUGUAA